AUGUCCGUGUUCCACGAUGAAGUAGAAAUCGAGGACUUUGAGUACGACGAGGACGAGGAGAUAUAUUAUUAUCCAUGCCCCUGUGGUGAUCAGUUCCAAAUAUCUAAAGCAGAAUUAGCUGCUGGUGAGGAGGAGGCCACAUGCCCUUCCUGUUCUCUGGUUAUUAAAGUAAUUUACGAUAAGGCAGCGUUUGCAGCUAAACUGGAAGAGCUAGUGAAAAGCGACGAGAAAGAACUCAUGGUUCAAAAGGCCUGA